AUGUCCACGAGUGAUUCAGAUGAAACUACAAUCUCAUUUUACAUUGAUGAACCACCAAUCAAUCAGGAUAUUGAAACUUUCUUUCUUAAUUAUGCGUCUAUUUCACCCUCAGCACUACGUGAUCAUUUGAUUUCUGUGCGUGAAGCUGCCUGGCAAAGACAUCACUAUCCAUGUCUAGGUCGUUGGGGUUUUCUUCACUUUUCUAUUAAACAAAAUCCAAUUUAUGAGGAAAUACUCGAACAAUGCAAGAACAAAGGUGCAACAAUAAUCGAUUUUGGAAGCUGUCUUGGUCAAGAUUUACGACGACUUAUCUACGAUGGUGUACCACUUGAUCGAAUUCGUGGUUAUGAAUUAGAUCCAUUCUUCAUCGAACAAGGUUAUGAGUUGUUUCGCGAUGGUGAUUUGAUGAAAGCCAACAAGAUAUUUACUGUCGGUGACAUAUUUGACGAUCAAUUCUUGAAAACAAUCGAACCAGCAGACUAUCUCUACGCGGGUUCAUUCCUUCAUCUUUUUGAUGCCGAAACUCAAAAGGAUGUUUGUCGACGACUUUCUCGCUUAGCGAAACGAGCUAUUGCUGGUCGACAAGUUGGUGCUUUCAUACCUAUCGAACAAUCAACACCGUCCCGAAUUUUAAGAGGUAAAAUGAUGCGACACUCACCAGAAAGUUUUGCACAGAUGUGGAAUGAGGCUACAGAUGGUGAAUGGCAAAUAAUAAUGAAAAUAUUAAAAGUUCCAUUUCUUGGCGCUCUUUUACGUGAAUAUGCAAACAAAUACGAACAUCCAAGAGAAAAAUUGAUUGUUUUGGUUCAUUGGGCCUUUUUAAGGAGACUUUUUUUAAUUUCAAAGCACGGCGAAAAUAAAGAUAUUAUGGAUUGGAUAAAAAACGAGAAUGAUUCAAUUAAUAUUGUUUAUUUUCGAACUGAUAUUGUCAUAGAAGCUGAACAAUUUUUUGAUAACGAAAAUUUUUAUAUUCAAUUGAAGGGGAGUGAAAAUACUCAAUUAUUUCUAGAAAUGUCAGUGAAUGAUUAUAUUAAUGAAAAUGAUGGAUCUUUAAAAAAUAUUAAUGAAUUCAUACAACAGAUAGGAAAUGGAAUUGACGAAAUUAUACGACGAAAAGAAGAGAUCAUGAACAAUUUAAAAAAAGAAAUGAAACCAACAACAACAACAUUAAUCAUUGAACGAGAAAAUGGUACUCAAGGAAAAAUGAUCAUAUCAAUUUAUCGUUGA